AACAAUAAAACCAAAAUAUAUAUCUUAUUACCUCAGCAAUAAAAAUGCUUUCAAAGAUGAAGCUGGUGGUUCUCAUGUCGUUUUUGCUCCUUCUUCCAUUGUGUUCUUCAAGAUCUGAAGGGAGCCACGAUGAGACAAAACUGACCGGAUGGGGUCGUCCUAUACGGCCACCACCACCAAGCCACGAUGAGACAAAACCGACUGGAUGGGGUCGUCCUAUACGGCCACCGCCACCAAGCCACGAUGAGACAAAACUGACUGGUUGGGGUCGUCCUAUCCGACCACCGCCACCAAGCCACGAUGAGAUAAAACCGACCUUUUCAAAUGUGCCACCUAGUUGGGGUGGGCACCACCUUAGAUGAACUAAGUAUUAUGAUGAUGAAUCAAAGAUUUGAAAGUAUGAUGUUUAUAUGAUAUGUGAACUAUCCAAGUAAUCAAAUUAAGAAAAUAAAAUGUUAUAAUAAACUUGGUCAACCUUUUCCAUU